AUGAACGAACGAGCAUUUGCUAUUGGCUCUACUCUCAUCCGUUUGCAAUCUUUGAGCAAAGUUAUCACGAAAUGUACACUCGAUUCACGUAUAUUCUACAGGACUCCAAUAAACUACCUUCUGGUAAACUUAGCCGUGGCUGAUAUGGUAGUAGCAACAUUCUUUGCACCCAUGCAUAUUUUCGUUCACACGUUUACCCACCCAGACGGUUUCACUGGUACCCUGCUGUGCAAAUUUCUGACAGGCGGAGCCUUCGCAUGGACCGGAGGAGCUUCCUCGGUUUUUACUCUUGUUGCCAUCUCAGUUGAACGGUACUAUGCAGUGAACUAUCCCCAUGGCAACAAAGGAAAACUUACCCACAACAAACUAAAGGUGUGUCUCAGCCUCGACAUAGUUACGAACUGUGAUACUAAGUCUGGUUUCCUUAUCCUUAUAUUUUCGGUUAUCAUUCCAGCGUCUUGGAUCUUUGCAAUGAUCAUCAAUAUCCCAGAGUUUCUGGUUUUGGAUUUUGACAAAGCCAUCGCUUCUUGUAUUCUGGCAUGGCCCGAGGAGUGGAUGGGAAAAGCCUACAGUAUGUUGUGCUUUUUAGUCUUUGGACUUCUCCCCAUACCGUUGAUGGUUGCAUUGUACUCCAAAGUCGUGUACAGUUUGUGGCUCAAACGUAACGACGAACGUUCUCCUCAACAAAUGGGAGUGGUCAAAGUAAGAAAACGCGUUACAUUGAUGGUAGUAACCGUUAGUGUCAUCUUCUCAAUCUGCUGGCUGACGGACACAGUUAUCUUCCUGCUGAGCUAUUACAGCACAGCUAACAGCCCAAGCGAUGUCACUUAUGCAAUUGCAGCCAUAAUGGUUCUGUUCAAUUCUGCUGUUAACCCAUUUGUAUAUGCUCUGUUAAACCAACGGUUUAGAAAUAAGAUAAAGAGAAUGAUAUGUAGUUCCUACCGUUCUACAAAGGGGAUUCGCAAUUCAGGCGACAAGCAAGGGAUCGAGUCUGCCAGCAAUUACAUCCGUAAGAAUCACACAGUAGAAUCAUUUUCAAUGGGGUAAUGUGUUUGCUCCCAUCCCUGUUAGGGAUACUAAAUCAGAUUCUUACCUUUCGUAAUGACGUGAUUUCUUACAGUAACAGCUUCAGUCUUCUGAGCUCUGAGCAUAUAGAUGAUAUAUUGAUUCUUUGAAUGGGAACAAAGAAACUGAAAAUGUGUCUAGUCUGAUUAACGUCUCUAAUUAGAGAAAUUGUUCAGUUUUGACCUUAGCCAGAAAUUUCAAAAAACUCAUUAAA